CUGAGCUUAGGGACAGGCAGUUAUGAACAGAAGCUCUGCGCAGUUCACUGUUAAAUCAGAGCUGCUGUAGAUUCUCACCCACCGAGGAAACUGGAGCUGUCUGCCGGGAGCCGCACACUUCCUCACGGAGGCUUUAACUCCGAUGAAGCGGCGCUGCAGAGAGAGGUCAGUCGUCAAUCCUUCCCGUUAAUUUGAACGCAUUCGAAGAAACUACGGAGCUUUCCGCUCCACGUUUUCCUCCCAACUUAGACGUCUGUUUGGAGCGUGGAGAUCCAGCGACGCCAUCCUUCACCACAGCAACCAAAGCAGUGCCGGAGUUGAGUUUUUUUUGAAGGAGCAUGUUGCCGACGCUCUCCCUCUGCUCCAUCAUUUGGCUCAACCGGGGUAUCAAGCUGAGGAAAGUGCAGCAGCGCAGCAACACCGGUCAGCUCUGAAGCUGCUGCCACCUCCCCGUUACAGCACCUCUCUUAUGAAGCGGUAAAAAUGCUUCUAAGCUUUGGGUGACUUGCUCCUCCUUCCUUCAGUCUAGACACCAACAGCACCUUCCAGUGGCUCCGCUCCAGCUUCAGUUUCUUUAAAGACCAACCGGUUAUCAAAAAAGGAACUCAUCUGCUCUACAAAAUGGCGGCCGAGGGUUUCCAGUACCGUGCCCUCUACUCGUUCACCAAGGACCAGGAGGAGGACUUGGAUCUCCAGCCAGGAGACCUCCUGACUGUCAGCAAGGCCUCUCUGGUGUUGAUGCUGACCUACGAGGAGGGCUGUGAGGAGCAUCCGCAGCGUCUAGGCUGGCUCCUAGGGUACAACGAACGCACCAAACAGAGAGGCGACUUCCCAGGAACGUUCGUGGAGUUUGUUGGCCCGGUUAAAAUGGCCCACCCGUCGAGUCAACCAAGGUCCCGGCGGCCUCUCCCUGCUGCUCCCGUUCCAGAAUCGUCUCAUGCUGUUCCUGUGCCAGAGCUCACUGAGCAGUUCACACCACCAGAGACGGCUCCCCCAGCCCUCAUCAGCCUGAUCCAAGCCUUAGAACACAGAGGUCUGGACAGCAAAACCUUGUACAGAAGAGAAAGCCCCUCAGACGGCUCGGUGUACACUCUGAGCACCGAAGGCGAUGCUGCUCAGGGCGACGUCGCUUCCUUGUCUGAGAGUAUCCUGAGCUACCUGAGAGAGCUCCCAUCACCUCUCAUCCCUGAAUGCAUCUAUCCGCAACUUCAAGCCGCCAUCUUGCAGCAGUCAGGAGAAGGAGCUGUUGCUGCGGGUCAUGACAGAGAGGUCAGUCGUGUUCUGGAGAACUCUACGGAGGUGCCUCUUCAUCAUCGCCUCACCCUGCAGUACCUCUUCACACACCUGACCAAGGUGGCCCAGGCUUGGGCCAGCAACGGCCUGGACGCUCACACUCUGGGGAAGGUUUUUGGACCCCUUCUGAUUCGGACGGCCCCCUCUGCCCCGGGGUCUUCAUCGGAGGAGGACUUCCCCAGCCUAGUGGUGGAGAGGCUGCUGGUAGAGAGAACCGCACAGCAGGACCUUCCUCCUCCCGUUCUUCCAGCAAAGCCAAUCAAAUCCAAAUUAACUCCAUCAGAAAUGACAGAUACAAGCAGCCUGUUGAACGACGCAGAGUGGUACUGGGGAGAUAUUUCCAGAGAGGAGGUGAACGAGAAGUUACGAGACACUCCAGAUGGGACCUUUUUGGUGCGAGACGCCUCCAGUAAGCUGGAGGGCGAAUACACGCUGACUCUGAGGAAAGGAGGGAACAACAAGUUGAUCAAGAUUUAUCACCAGGAGGGUCGUUACGGGUUCUCAGAGCCUCUAACCUUCCGGUCUGUGGUGGAGCUCAUCAAUCACUACCGCCAUGAGUCCCUGGCUCAAUACAACGCCAAGCUGGACACCAAGCUUCUCUACCCCAUCUCCAAAUUCCAGCAGGUGGUUAAGGAGAACAGCAUAGAGGAAGUCGGAGAGCAGCUCAAGGUCUAUCAUGAGCAGUACCAGGAGAAGAGCCGCGAGUACGACUCUCUGUACGAGGAGUACACACGCACCUCACAGGAGCUGCAGAUGAAGCGAACAGCCAUCGAAGCUUUCAAUGAAACCAUCAAGAUCUUUGAAGAGCAGUUUGAGACUCAGGAGAAAUACAGCAGAGAGUCUUUGGAGCGAUUCCAGCGGGAGGGCAACGAGAAGGAAAUUCAGAAGAUCCAGAGCAACUCUGAGCGUUUAAGGUCCCGCGUGAAAGAGAUUCAUGACAGCAAACGUAAACUGGAGCAAGACCUGAAAGAGCAGGUGUCUGACAACAGGGAGAUUGACAAGAAGAUGAACAGCCUGAAGCCGGAUCUCAUGCAGCUUCGCAAAAUCAGGGACCAGUACUUGAUAUGGUUGACGCAGAAAGGAACAAGGCAGAAGAAGAUCAACGAAUGGCUGGGCAUAAAGAACGACGCAGAUGACUCCUACUCUCUGGACGAAGAUGAAAGCUCACCUCACCAUGAUGAGUGCACAUGGUACGUUGGCGACAUCAGACGCACACAGGCUGAGGAAAUGUUGAGAGGCAAAUGCGAUGGAACAUUUCUCAUCCGAGAGAGCCAAUCCCAGAAGGGCUCUUACGCCUGUUCUGUUGUCGUCGACGGCGACACCAAGCACUGUGUCAUCUACAAGACGUCCACAGGCUACGGAUUCGCCGAGCCUUACAACCUCUACGCGUCUCUCAGAGAGCUGGUGCUCCACUACAAAAACGUCUCCUUGGCCCAACACAACGACCAGCUGAAUGUAAACCUAGCCUACCCGGUGUUGGCCCGCUCCCAGAACCAGAAGUAGAACCAGCAUGAAUAAUGUAACCAGCAGGUGAUGGGGUACCAAACCUCUGUAAACUGUGUCGGGUGAGAAACGCUCACCGUCUCUGUUUUAAAGAAAAAAAAGUUUAUUUUAUUCUUUUUGGUUUGGGCCUGAUGUAUCCAUUCUGACUCCUGGAUAGGUACCGAAACGUCUGCCUUUUAAUUUAAGCCUUUUGUGGUUGGCAUGACCUGGAUGACUUAGAAUUUACACAGGCCUGAUAUAUUAACUAACUUUACCCGGGUCCGUUAAAGCCUGGCAUACACUGUGCGAUAUAUUACUGGGAAGAAGAAGAAGAAGAACUCCCUUGUUUGUUGGUAAAUCGGCUCGUAGCUCAGCUUCAACAGCAGGAUUUGCCCACGAACGCCUCACAACGGCCAACUGAAAUUCAAACAUGUUUGAUUUUCUCCUGACCUUACAAUUCCUGAUCAGGAGGUGGUCGUUAGAGGCUAAUUGCCCCUUGUUACCCCCUGCAUACGACACAACGCACGAUCAGGCUGAAAGUCGGCACCAUCGAAAAAAAGUCCUGGCACGACCGCAGAAUCGUGUUUGUUUAUCUUACAGCGUAUGCCCGGCUUAAAGGAACCUCUUUGAUAGAAAACCUGGCCUAGCAAUAAGCACACCACUACUGAUCCAGGUACUUUAGCCGAAAUGAUCAAAGUCAGCCUCUACAUCAGGCUGAAACAAUCCUACUGUGUCAAGUACAAGUAAAAAACAAAGACAUAGAAGUUAGAUUGUUAAAGGAAGACGAAAAAAGCACAAAUGAGUCUUUUAAGACUGCACAAAAAAACAGAAAGAACACGUUGUGAAGACAAU